GCCCCGCUUCCCGCAUCUCCCGGGUGCACACGGGGAACGCACACCCGCGGCCGCGUGACCCGACCACGCACGUGUCCGCGCGGCCCCGGGGCUCGCACCGCCGCUCGCCAGGCGCCCAGGACGGGCCGUGUUCGGGGGGCCACCGCCAUGCUCUUCCGCUUCGGCUUGGUGGUGCCGCCCGCGGUGGCCGGCGCGCGGCCCGAGCUGCUGCUGGCGGGGUCCCGGCCCGAGCUGGGCCGCUGGGAGCCGCGCGGGGCCUUGCGACUCAGGCCCGCGGGCACCGCGGCGGGGGCGGCCGCGCUGGCGCUGCAGGAGCCCGGCCUGUGGCUCGCCGAAGUGGAGCUGGCGCCCGACGAGGCGGCGGCCGGCGGGCCGGAUUCAGGCCGCGUAGACACGUUCUGGUACAAGUUCCUGCAGCGCGAGCCCGGAGGCGAGCUGCGCUGGGAAGGCUCUGAAACUUGUAAAGCACUCCACCAAGGGUUAUCUUUGAGUUCUGGGCUUCCUACAAUAUGGAAAGAUAAUCUGCUCUCUGAUCCUACAGGAAAUGGACCUCACCAUGACCGUUGCUGUACAUAUAAUGAAAACAAUUUAGUGGAUGGUGUUUAUUGUCUCCCAGUAGGACACUGGAUUGAGGCCACUGGGCACACCAAUGAAAUGAAGCACACAACAGACUUCUAUUUUAAUAUUGCAGGCCACCAAGCCAUGCAUUAUUCAAGGGAGUUCGCCAUACAAAAGAGGAAAAGCAGUAAUUCAGAGUUGAGGGGCAGGAUCCUGAACCAAAGAAUUCUACCAAACAUCUGGCUGGGUAGCUGCCCUCGCCAACUAGAACAUGUGACCAUCAAACUGAAGCAUGAAUUAGGAAUUACAGCUGUCAUGAAUUUCCAGACCGAAUGGGAUAUCAUCCAGAAUUCUUCAGGCUGUAACCGCUACCCUGAACCCAUGACUCCAGACACCAUGAUGAAGCUGUACAAGGAAGAAGGCUUGGCCUACAUCUGGAUGCCCACACCAGACAUGAGCACUGAGGGCCGAGUGCAAAUGCUGCCGCAGGCUGUGUGCCUCCUGCACGCCCUCCUGGAGAAUGGACACACCGUGUAUGUGCACUGCAACGCUGGGGUAGGCCGCUCCACAGCUGCAGUGUGCGGCUGGCUCCACUACGUGAUUGGCUGGAGUCUGCGGAAGGUGCAGUACUUCGUCAUGGCCAAGAGGCCUGCAGUCUACAUUGAUGAAGAUGCCUUGGGCCAGGCACAGGAAGACUUCUUUCAGAAGUUUGGGAAGAUUCACUCUUCCAUAUGCAGCUUAUAGGUGACCAACUUGCCUCUCCUAGUUGUCUUAAUAAGGAACCAGGGGUGCGGUUAGUGGAAAGCCUAUAGACAAAGACCCCAUCGGAACUGAGGGGACUGUCGCCCUCAGGACACCUGGGCAUACCUUCUGUUACAGCUUGGUAGGGCUUACCUUUGAAAUAUUUUUACAGAGGAAACUGCAUGCAAAUGAGAAAAAUUCAAAGUCAACUGGGCAGUGCAAUGUAUGCCCACAGUUGCUGCUGCCACGGGCCAGGGCCUUUGCUUUCAGGCGCUGCAUAGACUGUUAUGGAUUUGUGAUGCUUUGGCAUGCAGAAGACAAGAGAGUGGUUUGUGGAUUUUAUCAUUACUGUGAGUGUCUCACACACACACACACACACACACACACACACGUGCACAAACACAUACAACAUUUUACUGAACUCAGAUUAUAAUCAUUUGCCAGUGGAAGGGAAAAGUAUAUAAACCUGAAUGUGACGCAGAAAGAGCUCACCAUGGGCAUAAAACAACAGUUUUCUAUAAUUUUCUUUAUUCAAUUUCAUAGUUGUCAGCAUCUCUGAGACACCUUAUUUUCCUCUCUUCCUCACAUGACAGCAGAAGUCUUCAGCCCUCUGUUUCUUCUGGCUUUCUAAUUGCUAUUUUUCCCUUCAAGACAGUGUUUGUACUACUCACUUCAGUAUAACAUAACACACAAAGGUCAGUCUUUAACUCAUGGUGAUCUUUCUGCCUCAGUCUCCCAAGAACUGAGAUUAUGGUGGAUGAUUCCAUACUCAGUAACACCAUUUUUCAAUUGAGUCUUUCUGAGCAUAGUUGACUUGCCCAAGUUUCAUGGUAAGUAGGAACAAGAUGAAGUUUGUAAUUAAGUUUAUUUGGCUCGGCGCUGCUUUCACUGUGAUUAGUUUUUCAGCAGACUGUCAUGGAUGUAGCUUUGUCUCUCUCAGGUCACUACCCUGCAGUUGUUUUUACAGUGAGAAAUGGGACAAUGUUUUGAUCAGCUCCCAAAGAAUUUAGGAAAACCAUUUUAUUGUCUUCAACCUCCUUUAAGCUGUGGUGUGUGAUCUCAAGGUCAUGAGUGGAAGGAUCCUGAGGAGGCUAUGUCCAGAGAUCAGUGUUGGGCAGCUAGGGGCUGACCCUGGCUUAGUACUCAAUUCAGUAUGACACACAUUGCUGUUCCUCCCAGACAUGUGGUUUAUUCCAUUAGGUUUUAUCAGAAGUACAAAUAUCAGCAAAAUUUUGCCUCCCAAGAUAUAAAAUCUAGAAACAGAUCUGUGUUCUAUCCUCAGGAAGACAGUCCCCAACUACAACUGACAUAUUAGGGCUCAGAAGGGGACUUAUAUUUAGUUGAGUGCCACUGUGUGCUAGUUGAUUUCCUAUGUCUAAUGCCAACACAGUUCACUCUGGGAAGGGUUAUUGUGUUUGUUUAGAUGGGGAAGUGAGGCCCAGAGAGACAAAAAUAUGAAAAUAUGUAUCGACUGUCAUUGUCAUCGACGGAGGCCAUGAGAUGAGAUGCAAAGCUAGGUCUCUCAGAUUCCAUACUGUCAAAAGUUAAAGUGAUAUUUAAAUGUGUUUCUCUUCCUUAUUUUUGAGAUGUGUGUUAAUAGAUGGUAGAGAUGGUGAUUUGGGAGGCAGAGGGAACAAGAAGGCCACAGCUUGAGUUCCAGUAGUGUUCAGAUUAAGGAGAGAUAUCUCAGAAUGAAGGAGAGAGAGAGAGAGAGAGAGAGAGAGAGAGAGAGAGAGAGAGAGAGAGAGAGAGAGAGAGGUUUCAACAUGACAGUAAGACACCUAGGGGAGGUAGCAUUUGUUUUAGAUAGAGUACCCUACAUGAAACAUUUCUCCUACAGUUACAAAGUUAAGUCUAUAAACCUGCAUUGAGGGAUACUCAGCCUCUCCUACAAAAUAUAGCUAGCUGCAGCACUUUUGUCUAAGAACCAAUUUAUAAUCACAAUGUAUUAGGUAAAAUUUAAUUUUUAAAUGGGAUAUUUUAAAUGAAUAUAAUGGUGUGUGU